GACACGGACACUCUGGAACUUCUGCCCAGCGCGCCUUGUAAAAUGAAUGAAGAUAAACCUGGUGACUCACAGAACCUUGCUUGUGUUUUCUGUCGAAAAAAUGAUGACUGUCCUAAUAAAUAUGGAGAAAAGAAAACUAAUGAGAAAUGGAAUCUCACUGUACAUUACUAUUGUUUGUUAAUGUCCAGUGGAAUUUGGCAGAGAGGUAAAGAAGAAGAAGGAGUUUAUGGUUUUCUGAUUGAAGACAUCAGGAAGGAAGUAAAUAGAGCUUCUAAACUGAAAUGCUGUAUUUGCAAGAAAACUGGUGCUUCGAUUGGAUGCGUUGCCCCCCGAUGUAAACGAAGUUAUCAUUUCCCUUGUGGACUUCAGAGAGAAUGUAUUUUCCAGUUCACUGGCAAUUUUGCGUCAUUUUGUUGGAACCAUCGACCUGUUCAAAUCAUUACAUCUAAUAGUUAUAGAGAAUCCUUACCAUGCACCAUUUGCUUGGAAUUUAUUGAGCCUAUUCCAACUUAUAGCAUUUUACGAAGUCCUUGUUGUAAGAAUGCUUGGUUUCAUAGAGAGUGUUUACAGGGUCAAGCGAUAAAUGCGGGAGUGUUUUUCUUUAGGUGUACAAUAUGCAACAAUAGUGACAUCUUUCAGAAAGAGAUGUUGAGAAUGGGGAUUCAUAUUCCUGAAAAAGAUGCAUCUUGGGAAUUAGAGGAAAAUGCUUAUCAAGAGCUUCUGCAGCACUAUGAGCAUUGUGAUGUCCGAAGGUGUCGUUGCAAAGAAGGGCGAGACUAUAAUGUACCUGAUAGCAAAUGGGAAAUAAAGCGUUGUCAAUGUUGUGGUUCCAGUGGAACACAUUUAGCCUGUUCCUCGCUACGAUCAUGGGAAGAAAAUUGGGAGUGUUUGGAAUGUAGAGGUAUUAUCUACAAUUCAGAUUUCCAAAAAGCCAAAAAACAUGCAUUACCCAACUCUAAUGUGGGAAUUACUGAUUGUUUAUUGGAAGAAUCAUCACCUAAAUUACCCAGACAGUCACCUGGAGCCCAAAGUAAAGAUCUACUAAGGCAAGGCAGCAAAUUUAGAAGAGACAUUUCUACUAUACUGAUAGAGUUAGGAUUCCAAAUUAAAAAAAAAACUAAAAGAUUGUAUAUCAACAAAGCCAAUAUCUGGAAUAGUGCCUUAGAUGGAUUCAGAAAUCAAAGCUUUAAUCCUUCAUAUGCAAUUGAAGUAGCAUAUGUUAAUGAAAAUGAUAACUUUGGAAGAGAGCGUCCUGGAUCAAAGCAAGAAUUUCUGAGUCUCUUAAUGCAACAUCUUGAGAACUCAUCAUUGUUUGAAGGGUCCUUGUCAAAGAACUUAUCUCUGAAUUCUCAAGCUCUGAAAGAGAAUCUUUACUAUGAAGCUGGCAAAAUGCUUGCCAUUUCUUUGGUUCAUGGUGGUCCUUCACCUGGUUUCUUUUCUAAAACGUUGUUUAACUGCCUUGUUUAUGGACCAGAAAAUACCGAACCAAUUUUAGACGAUGUUUCAGACUUUGAUGUGGCACAAAUUAUAAUCAGGAUAAAUACUGCAACAAAUAUGGCUGACUUAAAGUCAGUAAUAAAUGAAUGCUAUAGUUACCUAGAGUUUAUUGGAUGUCUCAGACUUAUAACAACAUUAAGUGAUAAAUCUAUGUUGGUAAAAGACAUACUUGUAUACCAUGUAAUUAAGAGAGUCCAAGCACCCUUUGAAAGUUUUAAGCAGGGUCUGAAAACUCUUGGUGUUUUGGAGAAAAUUCAGACUUAUCCAGAAGCAUUUUGUAGUGUCCUCUGUCAUAAACCUGGGAAUCUUUCUGCAAAAAUCCUUAGUGAUCUUUUUACAGUACACACAUUACCUGACGUACAAGCUUUGGGGUUUUGGAACAGUUACUUACAGGCUGUUGAGGAUGGUAAAUCUGCAACAACAAUGGAAGACAUUCUUAUUUUUGCAACUGGUUGCAGUUCCAUUCCUCCAGCUGGAUUUAAACCCACUCCUUCAAUUGAGUGUCUGCAUAUGGAUUUUCCUGUUGGAAACAAGUGUAAUAACUGUUUAGCAGUUCCAAUCACCAAUACAUAUAAAGAGUUUCAAGAAAAUAUGGACUUUGCCAUAAGAAACACUCUAAGACUAGAAAAGGAAGAAAGUUCUCACUACGUUGAACAUUAA